AUGGAUAGCAGCGAUAAUGAUGUUGAAAUGAAAGAUAUUGAUGUAGAUUCAACUAAAACAACACCAACAUCAACACCAACAUCAGCAACAACAUCAACUGGUAAAACACCAAAAACACCAACUAAAAGAAAAAAGUUAACAGAAGAAGAAAAAAAGAAAAAAGAAGAUGACAAAAAGAGAUUAUUAGAGGAGAGAGAAGCAGAAAAGAAAAAGCGUGAGGAUGAUAAAAAGAAACGUGAAGAAGAAAAGAAAAAGAAAGAGGAGGAAAAAGAAACAGAGAAAAAGAAACGUGAAGAGGAAGCUGAAAAAAGAAAAGAGGAAAAGAGAAAGAAGGAGGAAGAGAGAUUAAAGGAAAAAAAGAAACGUGAAGAGGAAGCUGAAAGAAAAAAAGAGGAGAUUGAAAAGAAAAGAUUAGAGCAAGAAAAGGCCAAAGAAGAAGAGUUGAAAAAGCAACCAAAACUUACCCAAUUCUUUACACCAAUUCAACAGCCAGUAAGAAUUAAAGUAAAUUCUAAUCAAUUUAUACAACCCAUUGAAUUACCACCACAUACCGAACUUUACCAAUAUCAAGUACCAUCAUAUGCAAGAUCUAUAGAAAGUUUUAAAGAGGCAAUCGGGUCACAAUCGUACAGCAAUUUACCAAGAGAUAUUUCAAGUUCCAAUCAAGAAAAGAAGAGAUAUUUUUCAAAUAUCGAAAGAGUGAAUCCAGCUAAGAAAGGUCAAAGAAAUAUUAAAUUUAAAAUGCCAAUUAAAUCAUUACCAGGUGCUAUUAUGCAUCAUGACCUAAUAUCAAAGCUUAGCGUAUUGAAACUCUUAAAAUUCCACGACAAUUACAGACCAUCCUAUUAUGGUACAUUUUCAAAGAGAAGUAAAUCUAUUACUGCCAAGAACCCAAUUAAGAAAGAUGAAACUAUCGAUUACGAUUACGACAGUGACGACGAAUGGGAUGAAGAAAAAGAUUUAGAGGGUGAUGUAGAAAAAAUCUCGUCAGAUAAUGAAAAAGAAGAAGAGGAAGAAGAAAUUGAAGACGAAGAGGAUCAAGCAUGGAUUGAAAAAAAUGAUCAAAAUGAAGAAGAGGAGGAUGAUUCAAUUCAUACCAAAAAGAAAAAGAGACGUUUAGAAGAAAAAAAACCAAUAAUAUUGGAACCAUAUUUUACAAAAUAUCCAUUAUCAAUUUUAAAAGAUCAAGAAAAUAAUAUGGAUACAACAAUAACAACCACAACAACCACAACAGCACCAUCAAAUAAUAUUGAUUUAGAAUUUUUAAAAAUAUUUACAGUUCAACCUUUAGAGCCAACACCAAUUAAAUUAGAACCAAUAAUAAUAGAAAAACCAACAUCAUCAAUCAAAGAAGAUUUUCCAAUUAAAGCACUACCAACUUUAUUAUAUAUUAUAAAAAAUAAUAAAUUACCAUUUAAGAAAUUAGUUCAAAUUUUUACAAAGAAUUUCCCACAUAUAAAUCAACGACAGAUCAAAGGUAAAUUAAACGAACAUUGUAUUUAUAGUCACAGAGCAUGGUCAAUUAAACCAGAAAGUGAAGAUAUAGUAAAUCACCCCAUAGAUCCACAAUAUCCAAUUCCUGACAUCCCAAAACCAACUAAAGAAACUGAAAUUGAAAAUGAUGAGGAAGAAAAUAAUGAAAAUAUAAAUAAUAGUAAUAGUACAACUAUAAAUACACCCUCAUUACAUAAUAAUAAUAGUAGUGGUAACAACAAUAAUAGUAGUAAUAUCAAUAGCAAUAGUUUAAAUAAAUCACCAUCAAAAUCACCCACCAAACCUACAAAAGCUUCAAAAAAGAAACAGCAGCCGGUUGCAGUUCAAACAAAUUCUUUAUUAAAUUAUUUUUCAAAAGUGGAAUCAUCCCCAGUUGUUACUAAAAGUGAACAACCAAAUUCAUUAACACCAGCAAAAACUAAUGCGGACUCAAAUGAAACUUCAACAGCAACAGCAACAACAACAAAUUCAACUUUAUAA